GAUCAGUUUGAUAACUUGGAGAAACACACGAGCUGGGGGAUCGACUUCCUUGAGAGAUACACUAAGUUUGUAAAAGAGCGCGCCGACAUUGAGCUGAGCUACGCCAAACAGAUCAGAAGUUUGUCGAAGAAGUACCACCCCAAGAGGAACAGAGAAGAUGAGAGCAGGUACACCUGGUUUGUGGCGUUUGCGGCGACUCUCCAGCAGCUGAACGAACUCGCCAUCCAGAGAGAAGAUCUUGCUGAAAACCUGAACGCACAAAUUGUCUGCGAGCUGACACGAUACACUCAGGAGCUGAAGACUGAGAGGAAGUCUCAUUUCCAAGAUGGCCGCCGUGCACAGCAGCACAUUGAGAGCUCCUGGAAACAGCUGGAGUCUAGUAAGCGGCGGUUCGAACGUGACUGUAAAGAGGCGGAGCGAGCUCAGCACGUCUCCGACAAAAUCGACCUGGACAAUAAAACGGAUGGCGAGAAGCGCUGCUCUCUGAAGGCUCGUCAGACAGCUCAGCAGAAACAACAAGCUGCUGAGGAGUCCAGGAAAGACUACGUGACAAGUUUAAACCAGUUUAACCAGGAUCAGCACCAGCACUACCACACACUGGUACCAGUAAUUUACCAGCGUAUCCAGGACAUGGAGGAGCGGCGGAUCGAGAGGAUUGGGGAGGCGAUGCGUUCAUUGGCCGAGGCUGAGAGAAAAGUUCUUCCUGUUGUGAGCCGCUGUCUGGACGCCAUGAUGGAAGCUGCUGAAAGCAUACAGCCAAGAAAGGACACCCGUCAGGUGGUGGAGGUGUAUAAAUCAGGAUUUGACCCCCCGGGUGAUGUCGAAUUUGAAGACUACAGCGCCACCAUGAGGCGGAGCAUCUCUGAAUCCAGUUACCUCGACAACCGGACAGAGGAGCGGAGACAAAGCAGAAAGCUGUGGCCCUUCAUCCGAAAAACCAAGUUGCUUACCCUCCUGUCCUCCCCCCGCCAGCCUCCACCCCCACCCCCAACCUCUCCUUCACCCGGGGGCAUGGCCAACAGUCCCCAGUCCCCACCCACAGCCACCCGAGAACCAAUCACACAGCGGCUGAAUGACCUCAUGACCUCUGGCUACAGAACCAGGAAGCAGUGUCUGCGCAGCCUCAAGAGAGGGCUGUCACUCAAACUGGGCUCGAGUCCGGCCGACUGCAGCCAUCUUCCUCCUGAACAGAGACGCAAGAAACUUCAGGGCCGCAUCAAUAACAUCAACCAGGAGAUCCAGAGAGAGCGCGAGCAGAGGGACGCUUUGUUGAAGAUGAGGGAGGUUUAUGAACGAAGUCCUCAGAUGGGCGAUGCUAGCAGUUUGGAGCCUCGACUGGAUGAAGUGAAGCAGAACCUGCACAGGCUGGAGGAGGAGCUGAGGAGGAACCAGGUGUGGCUGUCAGAGGCCGACAGCAGGCUGUCUGAUCACAGCACCAGGAGACAGAGCGGAGGCUGUGGGUUAAAUUCCCAGGCAACUACACCAGGCAGCACCAGCCUCAAACAGCUGGACAACCGAAGCCCAGCCAGCAGAGAGAGUCCCGAUGGCAGUUACACUGAGGAUCACAGCGCUGAGCUUCACUUUAAGUCUCGUAGUUCAGAGUUUGAUGAUGACUUCGACGAUGAGGAACCAUUGCCGAGUAUUGGAACCUGCAAGUCUCUGUACCCAUUUCAAGGUCAGAAUGAGGGCACUCUGUCGAUGCUGGAGGGGGAGCUACUUUCUGUGGUGGAAGAAGACAAGGGUGACGGCUGGACCCGAGUGCGCAGGAACCUGGAGGAGGAGGGAUAUGUGCCAACCUCUUACAUCAAAGUCUUCCUGGACAGCAGCGCCAAAGGCUUUGUGCAGAAUAGUCGGCUAGUCUAGCGAGUUACUCGACCAGUGAAGACGUCUCUCCACAGGAAGUGAUGUAAGAGCUCAGAGGAGGUCUGGUAACAAUUUUUCAUUGAACAGUGUUGUUUUUCAGGAUCUCAACCAACCAGUCAGCUGGAAGACUGCUUUCUUCUUCUUCUUUUUUUUUUGAGAGACAAAAACCUCAGAACCUAAUCAAAGAUCUAUGAGAAACCAAUCAGAGAUCAAUGGGAAAUCGGAUCACAGAUCCAUGAGUAGCCAGUCAGAUCCAGAACCAUUUGGAGAGCCAAUGCAACCCAGUCAGAUCAAUUAGAAACCAUCUGAGAUCCAUGUGAAACCAGUCACAUCAAUGAAAACCCAGUCAGAGACCAAUUAGAACCCAAUCACAAACAAAUCGGAGAUCAAGGAGAAACCAAUCAGUUAAUAAAUCAGAGGAGAUGAUUGUAGUAAGAAAUGAUUCACCGUUCCAAACAUUUCUGAUGUAUAACUGAACGCUGACUUGUGUUUGUGGAAAAGAUGAAGAUGUAUUUCUGAUAUUUGAACUUUGUUCUUCAAACUCUUCAUGUGAGGACUUUAUUGAUCAGCUGAUUGAUCGACUAUGUUGUGGUCACCACGGUUAUUGUGAAAUCACUGUGGGCGUGGUCUCUAAAGUGACAUUUAAACAGACAAGUCGACUGCAUGUAAAUACAAAUUGUAGCUGCAGGAGUAGCCCUGCCCCCUAUCGCCCUGCCAAUAUUAGCCCCACCACAGGCAGUAACAACCCAGCCCCUCCUAUUAGCCCACCCAUUGAUGAUGAUGUUAUUGACUGUGUAAAAUGUGAACCUUUUUUUUAAUUUUAUAGUGAAAUACUGAUCAGUUAUUUAUUGUUUUAGUUUUUCUUUUUUUAUUGAGAUGUGAGUCUGCUGAUCAUGCUCUUUUCAAUUUCCCGUAUGUUAAACUUUCAAAAUAAAGUACACUCAGAAUCAGUGUGCCACUUGUCUUCAUUCAGACUGCUCACACUUGUCAGCUUCUGAGGUGUGUGACCUCUGACCCCUGUAAACUCUGACCUGGACACUGAGACUCUCCUGAAAAGUUUUUAAAUCAGACAGAAGAGGAAAAAACUCGUCUGUGGUAUGCUCAGUCGUAAGUGACAUGACCACUCAACAGAUCAACAGAUUUACAUCUAAUGACAUCAGCAGGUACUUUAAUCAGCUGAUUAACAGCACUUCUUCCUCUGGAACCUGUCGAUGUUCCUCAGGUAAAGACACAGACUUUAGAUGUUCUAUAGAAGAUUCCUUAAAACCAAAUACAAAGUGCAGGAGGAGAUUAUAAUCCAAUGUUUUCCUUCAGGAAAUGUAAAAGGACAGUAAUUAUGUGUGAGUGUAAUCAGGGAAAGACCUGACCUUAAACAGGAGACCGUGACCUAACAAAGUAAAACAGUGAGUAGUGUGGAAGUUUGGAGAAACUGUGGUGGGAUUGCUGCUGUCAGGACCUUCAGAGAGCCAGACAGGAGCGCCGGGAUUGUCAGCUUAAAUCACUGAAGCUGUAAUAAUCUGCUUUGAACUGAAGUUGGAUCUAACUUAUGUGAAAACAUGUUGUGUUUGCAAUAUCGCAUGUCCGUGCUUUAAAAUAUAGACAGUCAGUGGCAAAAGGAUGGAUAAAUGUAUGCUGUUCCAUUUCAGGCAGAACCUUUCCAUUCAAAUCCACUAACGAGACUGAUCAGUUUCAAAGGAAUCAUCUCUUUACCUGUUGAGCACCAAAGGGUUUUCUGAGCUUCCUCCUCAAAAAUAACUUGCCCAAAGCGGAUGGAGUAUUUCUCUGCAAUUACAAACUCUGUAUAAACAAUACUCGUUUCAAAAUAACGCUAAAACUUGAUUCAAUUCAAUUCAGUUUUAUUUAUACAGUGCCAAAUCAGAACAAAAGUCGUCUCAAGGUGCUUUAUAU